ACGUCGCCGGACGUACGACGUGACCUGAGCGGUAGGAGGCGGGGACUGUGUGACCUACAGCAGCGACCGGAGGAGAAGAUGGCAGCGGUUGGCAGGAUCUCCUUGAAGGUGCGCUCCUUCAGCACUAGCGUGACCAGACCAGCUGGCAGUCUGGUUAGGCCCCCAAUCCAGGUGUAUGGUCUGGAAGGUCGCUAUGCCACCGCUCUCUACUCUGCUGCUUUCAAGGAGAAGAAGCUGGAUCAGGUGGAGAAGGAUCUGACUCGAGUAUUGGCACUUGUUAAAGACCCAAAACUGUCCUUCAUCAUUACUAACCCCCAUGUGAAGCGCUCACUGAAACAGAAGACUAUUACCGAUAUCGUAACAAAGGAAAAGUUUACCCCUGUCACCGCCAACUUUUUCAAUUUGCUUGCGGAGAACGGUCGUCUUAAUAACACUACUGAUGUAAUCAACGCCUUUGGCAAGAUCAUGAGUGCACAUCGAGGAGAGGUGCUGUGCUCCGUCACUACUUCUUCACCUCUGGAUGAAGCAAAUUUGACAGAAUUGAAGACUGCCCUGAAUGCCUUCCUCGCCAAAGGGGAAUCUUUAAAAUUGGAGACCAAGACGGACCCCACUAUCCUGGGAGGAAUGCUUGUCAGCAUUGGGGACAAAUACAUUGACAUGUCAACAAAAACCAAGAUCCAGAAACUGACCAAGAUCAUGACAGAUACUGUCUGAGCGUAAUAUUAUAUAUAUUGAUUGCCAGUAGCUGAAUAAAUCCUUUUACUGAGUGCUGU